AGUGAAUGAUUUUGAUACAUCAAAUUUCAAAGAAGCAAAUUCAUCAUCCUGUCUCUGCCCGCCCGGCGCGCCCGCGGGAUCAGCUGCCCUGCCUACUUAACAGUCCGAAAUAAAUCAUUUUGACAAUAUCAGUCAAAAUGAAAUUUGGUUCGGCUUGGCCUUGGCCUUUGACAUUUCGUCAUCAGGGUUUUGUUUACAUUUUUGAUUAUAGAGAUCAAUUUUUAGCUUUAUUUUAACCUUUCAGAAUUGCAAUAUGAAGUUUCAAGUAAGUAGUUAAACAAUAUCAUAAUUGAAGAGAAGAGCUAACACGAAGUAAAUUUUGUGAAUGAAUCCAAAACAAAAUGAGCGAAUUAACACCAAUAACUACUUUACAAUGCAAACAACAAGCCGUGCGGGCAGUGAGAUUUAAUGUAGACGGUACAUACUGCCUAACUUGUGGUGCAGACAAGAAAAUAAAGCUAUGGAAUCCACACAGGCAACUUCUGCUAAAAACAUAUGGGGGACAUGCCAAUGAAGUACUCGACGCGGCUGGUUCAUGUGAUAGUAGCUUUAUUAUAUCAGGCAGUGCUGAUAAAUCAGUAAUUUUAUGGGACGUCACUACAGGGCAGCCAGUAAGGCGAUACCGAGGGCAUGCAGGGUCAAUAACUUGUGUGAAAUUCAAUGAAGAAUCAACAAUGGCAUUAUCCGGCUCCAUAGACAAUUCAGUUGCUUUUUGGGACGUCGUCAGCCGAAGACAAGAACCUGUGCAGGUCCUGAAAGAUGCCAAAGAUACAAUAACAUCUAUUCAAGUUACAAAUUAUGAGGUUUUAACCUGCUCGGUGGAUUGCCAUGUCCGUUUGUAUGAUUUAAGGGUGGGCAAAAUGAUUUCAGAUUACAUAGGCCAUGUUGUCACAUAUGGAAGUUUGACGCAUGAUGGUCAAUGUUACAUAUUAAGUUGUUCUGAUGGAACUGUAAAGUUGUUUGACAAAGACUCAGGAGAGUUAUUGAACACUUUCAAGGGCCAUGAGAGCCAAGACUAUCUAUUACAAAAUGCUGUGAAUGAAAGAGACAGUCAUAUAAUAUCUGGGUCUGCAACUGGAGAGAUAUUCUACUGGGACUUGGUGUCAAGUUCCUGUACCCAGAAGUUGUUGCAUACAAAGAAUAAGCCGGUAGUGGCAUUGAGUCAUCAUCCCACAGAAAAUUUCUUGCUAACAGCAUGUGAAGAUGAGGUAAAACUGUGGGGUGUCCAAAUUAAGGAGGAAUGAAGGGACAAAAAAAUAUGCAAUAUUUUUUGUCCUAAUGUAAUGUGAAGUAUGCAACCUAAUGUAAAGUAAGUCAAGGAAUGUAAGACCUUGCCCCAGCAUUGAUUUGUUGGAGAUGAUGCUGAUUUGGAGACAAUUUUCUCUUUGAGAUUUUGUGCAAAGGCAAAAGUUAAAUAAUUAUCAAGUUCGCCGUCAAUCAUAUUGUAUUCCCAUUUGU